CUGCUCCUCAGCUUUCUUCCUCCAUCCACUUUCCAGCUGCCCUGAGCCAGGAUGCCUCAGACCCUCAAGCUGGCCAGCAGGGCUUCCCUGCUCACCAGGGGCUUCCCAGAGAUCUGGGCUGAGCUCGGCUUCAAGGCACCAGCCAGAGUGAUCAAGACCCACAAGACCCUGGAGGACAUGCCAGGACCCAGUGCACUGGGCUUCUUCACGGAUCUCUUCUGCAAAAGAGGGCUGGCCAGGCUGCACGAGCUACAGAUCGAAGGAAAAGCCAAAUACGGGCCGGUGUGGAAAGCCAGCUUCGGGCCGAUCCUGACCGUCCACGUCGCGGAGCCCAGCCUGAUCGAGCAGGUGCUGAGGCAAGAGGGCAAGCACCCCAUCCGCUCCGACCUGUCCUCCUGGAAGGACUACCGGGUGUGCCGGGGCCACGCGUACGGGCUGCUCACGGCAGAAGGCGAGGAGUGGCAGAAGAUUCGCAGCAUCCUGGGCAAACACAUGCUGAAGCCCAAGGAGGUGGAGUCGUACACGGGGACCCUGAACGGCGUGGUCAGCGACCUCAUCCGCCGGCUGCAGCACCAGCGGAGCCGCCACCAGCAGCACGUGGUCAAGGACGUGGCGGGCGAGUUCUACAAAUUCGGCCUGGAAGGCAUCUCCUCCGUGCUCUUCGAAUCCCGCAUCGGCUGCCUGGAGCCCGAGGUGCCCAAGGAGACGGAGACCUUCAUCCGCUCCAUCAACCGCAUGUUCGUCAUGACCCUCCUCACCAUGGCCAUGCCCAAGUUCCUCCACCGCGUCUUCCCCAAGCCCUGGAAGAUCUUCUGCGAGUCUUGGGACUACAUGUUCGCUUUUGCCAAGGGCCACAUCGACAAGCGAAUGACCGAGGUGGCAGAGAAAGUCUCGCGGGGGGAGACGGUGGAAGGCAAAUACCUCACUUACUACCUCGCCCAGGAGAAGCUCUCCAUGAAAUCCAUCUACGGCAACGUGACCGAGCUGCUGCUGGCCGGGGUGGACACGAUCUCCAGCACCCUGUCCUGGAGCCUGUAUGAGCUGUCCCGUCACCCCCGGGUCCAGGCGGCGCUGCACGAGGAGAUCACCGGGGUGAUGAAAGGCGGCGCCGUCCCGUCGGCCGCAGACGUGGCCCAGAUGCCCCUGCUGAAGGCGGUGGUGAAGGAAGCGUUGAGGUUGUACCCGGUGAUCCCCAGCAAUGCCCGUGUCAUCUCAGACCGAGACAUCCAAGUGGGAGAAUAUCUCAUCCCCAGGAAGACCCUGAUCACGCUGUGCCACUACGCCACCUCCCGGGACGCCCGCUUCUUCCCCGAGCCCGACUCCUUCAAGCCGGAGCGCUGGCUGCAGAAGGACGCCUCGCACCACCCCUACGCCUCCAUCCCCUUCGGCGUCGGCAAGCGCAGCUGCAUCGGGAGGCGCAUCGCGGAGCUGGAGGUGCACCUGGCACUGGCCCGGAUCCUGAUGCACUUUGAGGUGAAGCCGGAGCCGGAGCAGGGCCCGGUCAGGCCCAUGACCCGCACCCUCCUGGUGCCCGAGAAGGACAUCAACCUGCAGUUUGUGAGCCGCUAACGCGGGCGGAGACAGAACCUCUGGCGCUGGGGCGUCCGAGCUCCCCGUGGGGUGACGGGCCCCGGCCGAGCGGGUUGGCUCCAGAUCAGAGUCAAGGAAAGGAGGGGCUGGUGCCUCGGAGCACAUGCGCUCAUCCUUGCUCGGCAGGAUGGGAAGGGCUGUGUGCGUGGCAAAAGAGCCGUAUAACAAAUCUGGGGGGCUGGCGUGGCUUCGUGCCCACCCCCCGCCCGGGCUGUCCUCCCUCCUGAACCUGGAGUUCCCGUGAACUCAGAGCAAGGCGGAGCCGGAGUGGCAUUCCCAGAACCAGCGCCUCCUCCAGGCAGCAUUCUGCAAUGCAAUUAGUGUGUGCACUUGGCUCUGCCAUUGCCGGGGCAGCAGCCCUGCAGAGCGCUGAGCGGAAACUCCCAGCUCCCUGCCUCCUCUGGUUCGAAUCCCCAGGGCAGCCACAGAACCCCGUCACGGCCCGCUCUGGCACAGUCUGGGCAUGUCACGGGAAGGAGCAAAUCUGGAUCCAGUUGGCCUUUGGGGGAUGGUUCUGAUGCUGAUCAGUGACUCGGGUCUGCCUCCCCCCCGGAUGUAAAUGAGCCUGGCUUUGCUGAUCGACACCUGCAGAGGAUCAAUUCUUGGGGUCCUGCAAAGAGUUGAAAGGAAUGUGCAUAGACGUGCUAAGGUUUGUGAUUGUUAAUAAUCACUUUAAGCACUCCCCUUGGAAGGACUGUGUCCCUAUUUAUAUUUAUUGCCUGUAACUUAUUCAUGGUUCUUGGGACCCAGCAACGUCUGAAGCUGAGUGUGGGUUUUUUUCCCAAGCCAGCCGCGAGGCUCUUUGUAUUUAAGGCAGCUGCAGCGUGAAUGUGUCUUGCCUGCCGUCGCGGAACUGUUCGGCUGCAGCUGUUGCUGGUGCUUUGAUAUUUAAGUGGUAUUUAUUAUUCCCUGGUGAAUAAAUAUGACUCUUUUUUUAAAAAAA